AUGGGUUUCAUCGAAAAACUUCAGAGUAAGCUCGAACUCUAUCGUCUCGAACAGCGAUACACACGACGCAAGCACCGCUCCACAUUCUACGGAGAUGCUCAAUAUGUCGACGGCGAAUACGUAUAUGUCAACGGCCCAGCAUCGCCCGCUAUCUCCAAGAACUCGACAGGCGGUCACUGGCGACCUUCCUGGGGUCGAUCUGCAUCUUCUGAUUCCCGCAACUCAUGA